CCCCCCAGAUGUCCCCCAGUCCCGCCCCACCCCCCCACAUCAUGUAUAACCCCACCCAGCACGUGGUGACCUACGCUGGCUUCUGCCCCAACGGACAGGCCCUGCCCGCCUACCCCAACUACCCCGCUUUGCCCAUGCAGCACCACAGCAGUUACCAGGCCCCCUCCACCCCCCAGCCCGGCCUGGAGAUGACCCUAACCCCCUCCUCUCCGUCAGAGGAGAGCCAGAGCCAGCCUUCCGCCCAGGCCCCCAGCCAGCCCACCUUCCAGACUGGCUCCCAGGACCCUGGUCAGGGUUACAUGCUAUCACCCAACGCCCCUGCCCUCUACCCUGGCCCCGUCUACGGGCCCUCCGGCUUCGAGAAGCCCCCUCCUUAUGCAUGCUGAAUGCCAACCUGACCUUUAGCCUUUGACCUUUAGGCCAGGGUAAGAGAGGCUAAUGUCCAGAAACAACACCUAGCCUCUGUCACCUGGUCAGCACAGACAUGAAGGAAUCAGCUCAGUGUGACAGCUUCCAUAUAUCCUUUCAAUCAAUCAGAUAUGGCUUCCAUAUACCCUUC